AUGGCUGAUGGCAAUGCCAUGACAGGUCGUGCGAGCGUCACAAGAAAUUCCAUCUAUGGUGGUACAAAACAGCCGAGGUGCAGCAUACAGGCUGUGUACGAGGACAUCAUGCCAUGCAGGUUGGAACUUGACCAAAGUGAACGUGGAGGCUGGGACCAUGGGACAGAGACCUGGUUAUGA